GAGAGACGUAUGUCUCAACUGUUAUACUGACCCGAAACUAACCCCGAAUAUUUUUCCCUAAGCACUUAGUCACUAUUGCCGAACUAUCAUAUAAGUGAUAAUAAUUGUGCAAUUGUUUAUGACAACGAAUAUGUGUUUAUAACAACGGUGAUCGACAUGAAAUUAUUAACACAUUUCGCUAUAAAUGCUUGCAGACAUAUAGGAUACCGCGGAGUCAUCUUACCUACUUCCUCUCGCUAUUCAAGAAAAAUGGCGACUGAGGUGGAGAAGGCACAAUCCGCCGCUCCAAGCGGUGAUACGAUAUUUGGGAAAAUAAUACGUAAGGAGAUCCCAUGUGUGUUUCUUUACGAAGAUGACAAGUGUGUUGCAUUUAAUGAUAUAAAUCCUCAAGCACCUGUGCAUUUUCUGGUGAUUCCAAAAAAGCCAAUCCAGCAACUGUCCAAGGCCGAAGAUGAGGAUAAAGAUUUACUUGGUCACUUGAUGAUAGUUGCUCGUACAGUUGCUAAACAGAAAGACUUGAAAGAUGGAUAUCGUUUAGUUAUUAACGAUGGAAAAAAUGGUGCGCAAUCUGUAUAUCAUCUACACUUGCAUGUUCUUGGUGGUCGGCAGUUGCACUGGCCACCUGGUUAACACCAUAUUGUUGAUGUGAUUAAAUACAUAAAGAUGACUCUUCAGUGAAGCAUCGUUUUACUAAAAACAAUGUUAUUUUAUGAAAAACUCUAUAAAAUAUUCUAUUGCAUAA